AUGAUCCGAGGUUGUUUCAGCAACAAGUGCAGAGGGGCGAUCCUUGAGCUCAUAAAUCUUGGAACUGCUGAUGCUAAGAUUGGUAAGGUGAUGGAGAUAGUUGGUAACAUGGUGGAUUUGAAAUUCAACAACUUACCGUCCGCUUCCACAUGUCGCUUGCUAGCUUUAUCAUCUAUCAAUCUUGCUAAGCGUCAUGUGAGAACAGUUUGCGAUGAAGUGAAAAAGAACGAUGAACCGCUUUGUCUCCAUUCCGAUGAGACCACCAAGAACAAGUCAAAGGUGCAAAUGUUUGGGGUGUCAAGACCUGACGGUGGAUCUUUGAUUCUGGGAAUUGAGCAAGUGGUGGAGAAGUCCGCCAUCACUGCAUUCAAGGCACUUGCAAACCAGUUCAAGACCCCAGGCGCCCCAAAGGACUGUUUUGAUCAGUUCAUUGCCCAAGUGACUUGCACGAUGUCUGAUAAGGCUGCCACGCAGCUGAAGUUCAACGAGUUAGUUGAACACUAUCGUGCAACAGUUAUUCCAGCCGUGGUGAGCGGUUGGAGUGACAGGUCUUUCGAAGAGCAGCAAAGGCUCAUGACUUUUUCAAACUUUUUCUGCCAGCUUCAUGUGAUUGCGAAUUUUGCUCGUGUUGCUCUUGAUGGUCUUUCAGAGCACGAAGUUCUUGCCUCCGGGAAGAGCAAAGUCGACGAACCAGCGGUGCUGCGACUGGUGAAGGAAGUGGCUCGACUCUUCGGCGAUCGCUCCGCCGGCCUGCACGGGAUCGCGCCGAUUUGGGAAGCCUGGAUGGCAGAAAAAGGCUUGUUCCGUUUUUCUUUCCCAUCUUUUCUUGGCCAUCGCUUCAAUAUUUUGUUUGUUCUGGCUGCUCGUAUUUUCUACCAUCGCCAACACUUGCAAAAAUUUAUAAGCGAGUUCGUUUCCGAAAAGACCGAAAUGGUAGUUAUUUCGGAGCUUCUUGAAGACGAGCUUGCCACUUCUCAUCUUCAAGUGUUGGGGCUCCUCGACCAACUGGUCACAGGUCCUCUCUGGCGUUUGGCGGAAAAUUCUAGCCACAUUUUCGACACUUGCGAUUACGCAAGUCGUCUGAAAUGCUGGUUAGAAGCGUGUUCGGGGUCUCCGGUGACUUUUUUCGAUGGUGACUCACCAGUUGCUUCUCUUGAGUUGGAAGCUCCUGGUGGAGAAACUUCAGCUCGCCUUUUGGAGAGCCUCGUUUCUCAGUCUCCAUCGGAAACAGCUCUGGAGGCUACAUCAAUAAUGCUCGUAGCUUCACAAAAGUUUUUCUCAAAAAAUUUUGCUGACUUCCUACCUGGUGGUCGGCUUUUUCAUCAAAAAGAUAAGCUACGAGAAGACACGCGAUGUGCUCCAGCCACAAACAAUCUUAUUGAGAGCGCUUUUGGUUACUUUUCAUACCUCAAACACAAAGCGCCAAAUAUGAGCAUGACCAGGUGCGAAGCGGUAACCCUGAUCAACAGGAACCACACCAUGGAAUGGUUCCGAUCCCUUUCUCCAGAAGAACAGAAUGAAUGUUUGGAUGGGAUUAGAAAGGAGACGGGUGAAACUUUGAAAUCAGCUGGUCAAAAGCGGAAUGAUUUGGCUAAAAGGUGCUUAGAGUACCAUCGAGAAAAGUGCCAGAACGCUUCAAAAAAAAUGGCCAAGGAGUCGCUCAGUAAGCGUCAACGGACGGAGACUCUUUUCAAACAUGGCUUCUGGCAACAAAAGUCUGAAAUGGAAUCCUCCUUGUCGUCUUAUAAGUGUGAAAAGGAAAAAUGGGAAGCUCUGUCUGCACAACUUCGUUUCAGGCAACGUGUUCUCCUGCAGAAGCACGCCGACAAGAAGUUCUACGUUCUCACUGCUGGCGGCAAGAAGAUCAGCUUGGCGGAAAUGAAGCUCAAGCUUCUUUCUCUCUUCGAGAACGAUCAGAAAGGUGAUAAUCUUGUGGUUUUAGCAUACGAGCAUGCCGGGAAGUUCAUCGAACACACGUUCUUUGACGAGGAGGGAAAGAAGAACUCCUGGAAAGGCCGCGUCGUUGAAGUGCAAGUUCGAAAUGGAGGCGAAAAGGCUGUAUUGGUGCUGUACGAAAACGAAAAAAGCACUACAGCGCUAACUCUGGCCGAGUUUGAGCAAGCGAUAGAAGACGGUCUGGUUGUUUUUCUUGUGAAAUUGGUACCCUGUCAAAUAAAUGAAUAG